AUGUAUGGUACUAUCUGUUACCGACCAAGUAAUCCAGAAGGUGUUACUUUUGUCAAGUUCUUCGAUAAGAAGAGAGAUUUGGAGACAUUUCAAGAUGACAAUCAAAUCGCAGGAGUGGAUGACACAGAACAAGGUUACUUAGAAGAAGCCUUUGAUCAGGAGUAUGAACCUGAAGAUGAAGAUGAACGUGAUUUCAAUCUACGUGGACAAUUUGAUGAUAUUGAUGACUCCAAAAGAGAAGAGCUCUUGGCAGAUGCAGACAAUUAUGUCGAUGAUAUGCCAGAACUCACUGUCAGAUUCCAAGGAGAUGAUGACUAUGAAUCAGAUGACGACAAUUCGGGUGAUGAUGAAGAAGAUGUUGGGAUAUGA